GCUCCGACUCCGAGAUCAACGGCGGCGGCGGGGAGCGGCGCGUGGACAAGUUCGGCUUCAUCGUGGGCAGCCAGAGCGCCGAGGGGCCGCGCCAGAUGACGAGCCACAGAGGACUGUGGCGGCAGACAAGCAUCCACCGAAAUGCCGCCGACAAGCUGAGCCAGGGUCUGUACGGCGCGAGGCAGAGGCACAGCCUGGUCAUGAUGGUUCUGCACUGAAAGCAGAAGUGAGGGUGUGACCGUGGCUGUGGCUGGAGGAGGUGCCACUGGAGGUGCUGAGGCAGAGGGAGUCCAAAUGGCUGGAUAUGCUCAAUAACUGGGACAAAUGGAUGGCCAAGAAGCACAAGAAGAUCCGGCUGCGCUGCCAGAAGGGGAUCCCACCCUCCCUGCGGGGCCGGGCCUGGCAGUACCUCUCGGGGGGCAAGGUCAAGCUGGAACAGAACGCUGGCAGGUUUGAUGAGCUGGAUCUCUCGCCGGGGGACCCCAAGUGGCUGGAUGUGAUUGAGCGGGAUCUCCACAGGCAGUUCCCAUUCCAUGAAAUGUUUGUGUCUCGGGGAGGACAUGGGCAGCAAGACUUGUUGCGGGUGCUGAAGGCCUACACGCUGCACCGGCCGGAGGAGGGCUACUGCCAGGCCCAGGCUCCCGUCGCAGCAGUGUUGCUCAUGCACAUGCCCGCGGAGCAAGCCUUCUGGUGCCUGGUGCAGAUCUGCGAGAAGUACCUCCCCGGCUACUACAGCGAGAAGCUGGAGGCCAUCCAGCUGGAUGGGGAGAUCCUCUUCUCACUGCUGCACCGGUUCGCACCCCUGGCUUACAAGCACUUGAGCAAGCAGAAGAUCGACCCCAUCCUGUACAUGACGGAGUGGUUCAUGUGUGCCUUCUCCAGGACCCUGCCAUGGAGCUCCGUGCUGCGUGUCUGGGACAUGUUCUUCUGUGAAGGGGUGAAGAUCCUGUUCCGGGUCGGCCUGGUGCUGCUGAAACACACGCUCGGCUCCUCCGAGAAGCUCAAGUCCUGCCAGGGGCAAUACGAGACCAUGGAGAGGCUGAGGGCGCUGAACCCCAAGAUCAUGCAAGAGGCCUUCCUGGUGCAGGAGAUCAUAGAGCUGCCAGUGACGGAGCGGCACAUUGAGCGGGAGCACUUGAUCCAGCUGAAGAAGUGGAAGGAGAGCCACGGGGAGCUGCAGUGCAGGUCUCCCCCACGCCUGCACGGCGCCAAAGCCAUCAGCGACUCGGAGCCACAUUCCCGCAAGGCGCUGGACCCUUCUCCCUCCAUCAUCCUGCCCCCUGGCCAGGUGCUCCCACUCAAGGGCCGCAAGAACAAGGAGAAGAAACAAGACCAAGGAAAAGUCAGGCCGGCCAACGGCCCCAUCCCUGAGGAAAACGGAGCCCAGGCCUUCGUUGAGCCUGGGGCUUCCCCGCAUCACCAGUCCAAGGACAGCCUGAGCUCCCGCGAGAGCGAGGACACCUACUUGUAAUGGAGUCACAGCACAUUCUGGCUCCACGGUGGCAGAGCACCCAGGGCUGCCACCCCUGCGCCUGAGGGGCCAACUAGCUGGGCCUAGACUCAGGAUUGAUUCCCUGCUGCAGCCAAAGUGGGGAGAGGGCCUCUCUCUCCUGCUACUCGAGUGCCAGGGGGAGGAGCCUUAUCUGUGGGAGUUAAGGUUUUAUUUGUUUGGCUGCAGCUGAUUUGCAGAGCAGAGACCAGGGGAGCCGAGCUGUACCUGGGGGGACCAUUCAGACCCGUUGGCAAAGGGCUGUGAUCGUGCGUCUGCCCGAGGUCUGAAUGAGUCUCUUCUUUCCAUUGGGAGGCUCAAAGCCCCAUUCCCAGGAAAGGCCUGGGGCCUGGCUGGCUGUUCUAGCAGGGGCUGGCUGAUGUUUGAAAUAAGCUGAUGAACCGACCUGAGGCAGAGCAGGGGGCAUAAUCGAUGAUCUCCCAGCCCAGGUGGCUUCUUUCCAUGUUGAACUUCCCUCUGAGGAUCCCAGCUGCUGUCUUGGCUGGGUCAAUCCUCUGUCGCUGAGUGGGUUGGAGCAGUGUGUACCCAGGAGUCGUGGAGGAGCAUCUUAGGCUCAGCUGCUGCACAUGCUUGGCCUGAGUUGUGGAGGAAGAGUUGAGCUGUUUUCUCCUGCCCCAGCCAGUGCUGCAGGAGUUUCUCUGUAUUGCCCAAUGGGGGUGGCUCUCUUGGCCAGAGCGCGGCAGAUUCCAAACUGACGCUGUAUCGGGCGGGGGGUGAAGGAGGAAAUGACCUGACUUUCCCACCCCACCCUGCUCCUCCAUUUCUACAGAGAGGGUGUAGUAAGCUGCACCGGAGCAUUUAUUUUGGACUUUCUGUACUGCAGCGAGCCUAUUUAUUUGUCUGUGUAGCAUAACUGUGUCAAUAUAUAGGGAAAGGUCAGAUCUGCCCUGGUGGGCGCCUGCAAAUUCUGGGCCGGAUGCAAAGGGCUGGGGACAAGGUCUGCAUGAGGCAGGGCUGGCCCUGGCUGCUCAGGACCUGGGUGAAAGCACUGCUUGCAGGGGACUGAGUUGAGCCUGCUGCUUUGGGUUUGCAGGGGCAGCCCUUCCUGGGGCUGUUUGGCAAGGUAAAAGAGGCCUCCUGGAGCACGCGUUGUCUGAUUAAAGCUGGCGCUAGGCCUGGCAGCUCAGCCCUGAAUGCUGGGAGAACAGGUAUAUUCAGGGAUUAAUCCAGAUGUGGAUUAAUGUGCACCUCCUAAAUGGGGGUGCAGCCUGCAGAUCCCAGACUGCACUGCUCCCUUGAUCCACGAAGUCUCUGGCAUAUUGCAUUAGUCACUACAGGUUGUGUUGCCACACUGAAGAGGGCAGUGUUAGCUGAUUCUGGGGCAGCCUCGGGUGGAUUGAAGUUGGGGAACCCCAGAUAUUGAUGGCAAAGGUGAAAGGGAAGGAGGGUCUGUUUUCCAGCUUGCAUCACUGAGUCCUGGGGCAAGUUAGGAAUCCUUCCCUCUUUUUCUGGGCACUUCUUCACUCAGUCUUAGCCUCUCUGCAGACUGCCCCCUGUGAGUGGAAGGGAUCUGACUGGAGGGACUUCUCCUUGCUCAUCCCAACUAUGCUGGACAAUGUGCCCAUGUGGGUGAGACUGUGUUAAAUAAAUCAGUGAAUUAAGCUGCAAUGUUUUUGUACAGAGAAUCAAUAAAGCAGAUUGUGUAAAGAAGG